AUGCGCGUCUGCUCGAUAAUCUCUGCCUCGUUCGCUGUAGGAGCGUUGGCUUCCAGCUUGCAGCUUCCACCCACAUCAGGCCCAUUCCCAGUAGGCACCGUUUCUCUCGAGCUAGUCGACUUCUCGCGCGCCGAUCCGCUGGCGCCAGAGCCCCGGGACAACAGAGACCUUAUGGUAUCUCUGUUUUAUCCAACGAACUGUACCACGCCUGAUCACGGAAACUUUUCUUUUGCACCCGCCUUCACCCCUUCCAUGGCGGCGGUCUUCGACAAUCAUGCCGGUGUCCCGAACGGCACAUCAGCCAACAUCAUCACGCGCUCAUACCUCAACGCCCCAUUGGUGGACAACGAGCUGCCGGUUCUCAUUUUCGGCCACGGGCUCGGGGGCUCACGUCUCAUCUACACGUCCCAGAUGGAAGAACUGGCGAGCCAUGGGUGGAUCGUUGUGGCGGUUGACCACACGUACGAAGCCAUAGCCGUCGAGUUUCCGGACGGACGGAUAGUGAAGUCGGUCAUACCCCCUGGCGCCGGUCUUGAUUACGUGCAGCUGCUGCUGGAAACUCGCGUGGCGGAUGUCAAGUUUGUUGCGGAUGCGCUGGGGGACUCAGCCACGCUGAAAAAGAUCCCCGGGCUUGAGGAGGGCAGCACGAAGCUCAACACCGACGCUGUAGGCAUCUUUGGCCACUCUUUCGGCGGAGCUACGGCUGCACAAGCCAUGGCGAACUACAGCACCUUUUCCUGCGGGCUUAAUAUUGAUGGGACCAUUUUCGGAUCUGUGGCAGGCUUGGGCCUUGAGAACCCCUUCGUGCAGAUUGCGUCAUGGAACCACACUCGAAGUAUUGACCCGUCCUGGGCAGAGUUUUGGGAGAACCUGGACGGCUUCAAGCGCGAAUUCCUCGUGAACGGAGCGGAACAUGAGUCUUUUGAAGAUGUUGCUAUCUACCGGGAUUUUCUUGGGGACAAGUUUCCUUCCACAAAAGAACUGUUUGGGACUUUCCCGGGAGACAGGCUUCUACGGAUCGAAACGGAGCUCACCGACGCCUUCUUCGGAUUUUGUAUGAAUGGCCAGGACUCAGGAAGGCUCGACUGGUUGGUUGAGAACGAGUUUCCAGAAGUCUCUGACAUUCCAUAG